AUGGGAGCUCUAGCCCGGGAAAUGGCGGGAGCUUUGAGGGAGUCUAUGAAUUUGUUGAGAGUGGAGAAUCAAGCCCGAGAGAACACUGUAGAGUCAAGGGCGAGUUUUCUUACCAGGGAGUUUUUGCGGGCUAAACCGGAUGAAUUCUAUGGUGGUCCUGAGCCCAAGAAAGUGGAUGAGUGGCUCGAGCAAACAGUGAAGACAUUUGAGAUGCUUCACAUUGAUGAUAGCGAGCUGAGAGUGACUCUAGCGAAUAAGUAUUUACCUCCUGCUGCUAGGAAGAGAUUGAGACAAGAGUUCAAAGACCUCAAACAGCUCGACAUGACCGUGGCCGAGUUCGAGGCACUCUACUCAAGUUUAUCUAGAUUUGCACCAGAGUUGGUGGCAACGGAAGAGCGCCGUUGCAUUGAAUUCGAGAAUAAGUUAAAAACCAAGAUUUUCUUUAAAAUUGUUGGGAACAUGAUCCGGAACUAUGACCGCCUUGUAGAGUCGACAACAUACAUAGAGGUUUCCAUGCAAGCCAAGGAGGAGAGGCUUCGGAGUUCGAGGUCUAGGAGCCAUGAGUCUCAAGGAGGCUAUAGGGAGAAUAAGAAGAGCAGGGGUACUUUUUCAUCCCAGACCCAACCACAGCAGUCUAAAUUCACUUUUCCUUUGCCUAGUUUGGGUUCGGGGAGAAGUCCAUCAGGUGGCUUCAUGUGUUUCAAGUGUGGCCAGCCAGGUCACAAAGCCUUUUUGUGCCCACAAAAGGGAGAAGGGCAGUUGAUGUUGCCACCACCACCACCUAACCAAUCAUAG